AAGGUAGAGAACCUCGGCUCGCACCACACAUUUGGCGAUCACCUGGAAACAUUGGAAACAUGUUGGGGUACAUAAUCCUGCUGUCCGUGUUGUCCACUUGUGUGGGAGGGGCAAAGGUCUGCUGUGCCCCUGAUAAGUGGUUUGCCCAGAGAUUCUCCGCUGGUCUUGCUCUGUCAAAAGUAGAGGGGGUGAAUGUUCCCUUCGUUGAUGCCGGGAGUUCUAUAGAAUACUACGAUGCCGCCAAUGAAAGGAUAGCCAUCAUCAGCAACUUCAGCCUUGACAACACCAAAGGGGAAUCCAAAGUCAUUGCCGAUCACAAAGGGGGUCUGCUGUAUACAAUUGAUCUAAAGAAGAGUGUAUGUCGCGUCCAGAAGUUAACCCUUCCAUUUGCUAAGUUCUGUGUUACAGAUAAAUUCAAAAAAGCCUUUGACUUCACUCUUGGAUUCGGAAGUAACUCGCUGUCAUCAACAGCUUACUAUGAACUCGACCGUGGCUUUGGUCCGCACCCCAAACAGCGUUAUAGACAGCUUCGUUGUUGUCUCGAAAGAAUGCAUUCCCUUACAAACAGACCUCUACGGAAAGGAUAAAUACAACUUCCUUCAAUCAACUGGUUUUUCAAACCUCGGUGCAGAGUUCGAUGAAUCUGUCUUUGAUCCCCCAGAUUUCUGCCCAAAGUGUUCAGAGUCUACGAUGACAGACAAUCCUUCUUUUCAAGAGAUCCCUUUGCUGUGGAGAAGACGUGGCAACAUGUAACCAGAAUUAUUUACUAUGCCACCACAGAGGUUAAUGUUCAGCGUAACCUCCUCGAGCGAGAAUUCAAGAACGAACAAAAAGCGCUGUUGAUGUUGGCUGUCGUAACAGUUUUCCUCAUAAAUAGCAGAUCCCUGUAUCCCCUUAAUAUUGGUAUAUU